AUGUUCCAUGAUUGGUCACAUGAUAGUACAGCAAACUUGUACAAGGCUGAUUACGAUCUGUACAAUCAUUUCCUCCUCCACAAAAAGGCCCUUAGCGAAUCGUUUGUGUUUUUCAUGGCGGAUCAUGGGCCGAGAAUGGGAGAGGAAACGAGUACUAGUAUCAAUCGAGUGGAGAGGUACAAUCCAUUUUUAUAUAUUAUCCUCCCAAAACAUUUGCGCAACUCUCGGAUGCAUGAGCAAAAAGACAUCCUUUAUUUCCAACCGGCAACAAAUUUCACCGAGCUCGAAUACAGAGAUUUUGAUAGCGGCAAACGUGGAUCUUCACUGCGCGACGUUUCGAAGAAGGAUUGAAGAGAAACUGCAAAACACUUCCCAUACCAUUCCAGUACUGUAUCUGUCAAUAUACACUUUCUAAAGUGG